CCAGCAGUGUCAAUAAUACAAUAGGGCUCUUGUGAAGCUGCCGCCGGAGGAGGAGUGGGGUCUGACUGCGGGUGAGCGGGCCAGCCAGCCGAGCAGCCGGCACGCAGGGCGGGAGCCGCCGCCGGCCACGGGCCCGGGCGGGCGGAGGCGAUGCGCGCCGGCGCGGGACGGCGGCACCACCACCACCAGCAGGAGCAGGAGCGGCAGCGGCUGCCGCCGUCGUCGUCGCGGCGGGAGCGCCAGCCCUGACGGCCGCGGCCGCCCACGCCGGCGAGCAGAGGAGGAGCGGGAGAAGGCGGCGGCGGCGCGCCGGGCCGUGCCGCGCCGGCGGCGGGAGGAGCUUGUGAUGUCAUAAGCUGAAGCGAAAACAUCUACCUCAUGACCUGGCAUGAUGCGUCAGGAUGAAACGCCACAGGCAUCUAAGCACCAGUGACAGUUCAGACAAUGAGAGUCCUUCCACUUCCUUUUCAUCUUGUUCUAAAUACAGGAGCAAGUCAAAAACACCAGCAAAUGAACAAAAGAAACCUGCUGAGGUGUUCCGCAAGGAUCUCAUUAGUGCCAUGAAACUACCAGAUUCUCACCAUGUUAACCCUGAUGAAUAUUAUAUCUUUGCGGACACAUGGAAACAAGAAUGGGAGAAAGGGGUUCAAGUUCCAGCCAGUCCAGAAACUAUUCCACAGCCUUCUCUCAGGGUUGUAGCUGAAAAGGUGAAAGAAGUAUUGUAUACACGACCCAGGAAAUACAUCCACUGUUCCAGCCAAGAACCCACAGAACCAGGUUACAUCAACAUUUUGGAACUGGCAGAAUCUGUCUGUCGCUAUGACUUGGAUGACAUGGACAUCUUUUGGCUUCAGGAGCUAAAUGAAGAGCUUACAGAAAUGGGAUGUGGGCCCCUGGAUGAAAACACAAUGGAGAAGACGAUUGAAGUGUUGGAACGGCAUUGUCAUGAGAACAUGAAUCACGCUAUUGAGACUGAAGAAGGAUUAGGUAUUGAAUAUGAUGAAGAUGUCAUCUGUGAUGUGUGCCGGUCCCCUGACAGUGAAGAUGGGAAUGACAUGGUGUUUUGUGACAAGUGUAAUAUCUGUGUCCAUCAGGCAUGCUAUGGAAUCUUAAAAGUACCUGAAGGGAGUUGGUUGUGCCGCACCUGUGUCCUGGGAAUACAUCCUCAGUGCCUCCUGUGUCCCAAAAGAGGAGGUGCCAUGAAAGCUACCAGGACAGGAACCAAGUGGGCACAUGUGAGCUGUGCUCUCUGGAUUCCAGAGGUUAGUAUUGCUUGCCCAGAAAGAAUGGAGCCAAUCACAAAGGUGUCUCACAUUCCACCAAGUCGAUGGGCUCUAGUGUGUAGUUUAUGCAAACUGAAAACUGGUGCUUGCAUACAGUGCUCUGUGAAAAGCUGCAUCACUGCCUUUCAUGUCACCUGUGCCUUUGAGCAUAGCUUAGAGAUGAAAACCAUCCUGGAUGACGGUGAUGAGGUCAAGUUUAAGUCGUACUGUCUAAAGCACAGCAAGAACAAACAGAAUUCGCUACCUGACAUUGAUGAGCACCCUAAAAGCAUGUCGGACCAGAAGCAAAUAGAGAGUGAGAAAACCAGUUUGCGAGCCCAAAAACUCCGAGAGCUGGAAGAAGAGUUUUACUCACUAGUUAAAGUGGAGGAUGUUGCAGCAGAACUGGGCCUUCCUAAACUUGCUGUAGACUUCAUCUACAAUUACUGGAAAUUAAAGCGGAAAAGUAACUUUAACAAACCAUUGUUUCCUCCCAAGGAGGAUGAAGAAAAUGGCUUGGUGCAGCCAAAAGAAGAUAGCAUUCAUACUCGCAUGAGGAUGUUCAUGCAUUUGAGGCAGGACCUAGAGAGGGUAAGAAAUCUCUGCUACAUGGUAAGCAGGAGAGAGAAACUGAAGUUAUCUCACAGUAAAGUACAUGAACAGGUCUUCAAUUUGCAAGUCCAGCUCAUUAAUCAGGAAAUUGCUGCAGGCCAUACCCUGACAAGUGCACUAGAGAAUACACUGUUCUACCCACCUCCCAGGAUCACCCUGAAGUUAAAAAUGCCCAAGUCAGCACUAGGAGAUUGCAAAAAUAACUCGCUGAAGCCUGGCAACAGACCGCUUUCUCCUGACAACAACAGCACUGUUUACAGCAAGCGGAGCGUGCCGAUGUCAAAGGAAUCAUUUGAGAUUAAAGCAAAAUCUUAUGCCAGGUAUCAACAUGAGAGCAGAAGUAAUGGGUUGCUGGCAGGGAUUGGAAAGCCUCGGGGUGAGGCAAAGGAUUCUGGCCCCACACAGAUGCUGGAGUUUCACCGGGGCCAGCCGUCCGGGAAGCCCUUAGCCCUCCAGGCUGCUUUGCACGGACAGGGUUCCAUUGGGAAUGGGCGGGUGCAGCAGGAUAACUCAAGGCUGGCAACAAAGUCUAAUGGCCUGAUGGGCAGGGCUGGAGAUGUGAGCCAGAGAGACAGCUCCAGCCAGACGCCCUAUGAGCAAGAGUCCGUGCUCACGGCUCACUUGGCCAGCCAGAGCAGUUUCAGAAAGUCCACCAUAGAACAUUUUAGUCGGUCCUUCAAAGAGGCUACCAACAGCCUUGUGAGGACCACAGAAGAUCUCCGGUGCUGUGACAAGCCAACAAGAAGACUUGCAACAAAAGACCGUUUGUGGAACAAGCAGACACUGGAAGGUGCUCCGUACCAGGACAACGAUGGGUACUGUCCUGACUUAGAGCUGAGUGACUCUGAAGCAGAAAGUGAUGAAAACAAAGAGCAAGUGAGGUUAAGACGAGGUAGCUCAGAGAGAGAAAGCCCAAGUAAGGACUUUGGAAGAGAUUGUCACAAUAGAAACAAAAAGAACAUGAUUUCUCACAGUUCCGUACAAAGGUGAUUAGAAGCCCCCACGGGGUAACUCAGCCUUUACGUAUUCCAGUGUACCAGUGCAAAGCUCAGCAUCAAAAGGUUCCAGAAAAUAGUCCAGGACCUACAUUAGGAAGAUUUGCGAUAGGGGAUAGGGGAAGGGGAGAGAAAUCAGUAGUUCUGUUCAACUGUGAAUUGGCUUGCAGUCUCCGCAAGGUUGACUCUGUUAUUGCAAAGUCAUGUGGAAGUGGAUGUGUUUUAAUUAGACGGUAACAUCUGGGAGAGCACAAAGCAGUUACUCUUCGUGUAAAUCCAGGGAACUGCUUCCCCCUUGCCGGUUUAUGUGCCAGACAGUGUGCUCGUGUUAUGUCCAUCUCGUGGUAGUGGACAGGUAUUAAAGAAGUCCUUGCAUUGCUCUAAUGUGUUGCAAAAAAGUGCAGACAGAGACACUGAAACUGCAUUCAUGUGGCACGUUCAGUAAGGCUUUGAUCCAGCAAUGCACAUGCAGAUGCGUUGGGAAGUUAAGCAUGUGAAAAGUCCUGCUGGUUUCCCCCUGGGAACGUUUCUACUCCGAUCUCUGAGCGCAUGCCAGUGUGCUCUGCUGGAUCAGGCCCAAAGUGACUACUAAGUGAUGAUCCUGUUCUGCAGGAGACUUUGAGCUGCAGUGGUGUGUGCAGGCUCCUUGCGGAGGGUGGAAGCAGGCGUCGCUUGUGCUGCCAAACUCGCUGACCUCUAGCCGUGCCCCUGUUCCUUGCUCUUGCUGAAGGUUGUGUUUCUCUUCACAAUAAUUUGCUUACUUUGUAAAUAUACAACUUCUAUUACUUCAAUUUUUUUAAUCUCUGUACAUACUUGCUUGUUGUGGGAUGCACUUGUAAAUAUUUUACCCAGCUAACAAGUACAGAUGGCUAAUUUUGUGGAUAGUGUUUACAAAAGUAGAUGUACUACUUCAAAGAAAAAUGCUAUUUGACACUUACUCUUAGGCAAUCACCGGUGAUGCCAGGUUCCUCUUGAAACUGAGAUUUCAUGUCCAGAGGUGUUUGUACCUGGUACUUCUUUUGCAGGCUCAAAUUUUCAACCCUGGUUGCCUGAAUGCAGGCAUAAGAACCUUACUUCUGGCAUCGAGGUCUGUAAAAUUUUAGCCAGUCAUCAUUUGGAGUAGCUUUUUUUUUGUUCUGAAAAUCUAUCCUGUUACUAAACUACUUUUCAACCUCUGGAUCAGUUGCUGUUUCCCAAACUAACACUGUUUUGUCUGUCCUUUACAAUUAGCAGUUGUUAAGUAGCGCUUAAAUUUCAGCCAGGACUGGAGAAGCAAGAAGGGAAGGGAUUUUUUUCCAUUUGUUUCAGUGUCAGGGAAUUUUUGUUCAAAUGCAUACAACCUUCUUGCUUUCCAGAUGGCGUCCUAUCAAUCAGCAAAGUAACUGUGCUGUUUUUCUCUGAAAUGCUGUACAUUUCAUAAAUAUGCCAUAUCCUCUGUCCCCACACUGCUGGCUGAAACAGGCCGUAGGUUGUGUAAGGCACGUCAUCCACCUCCUUUCUGUUGAGGGUUUUAUUUUGUGUAGAAACAAAAGGUGUUGCCCACCCAGCAUGAAGAUGACUAUGCAGAAUCCAAACCACAACCUGCUUUUCUUCAUCAUCUUAAUUUAUUGCUUUUAGCUUGGGAAAUGGCAACGACACUUUCAGAUUUGUUUUAGACUUUGAAAUCUCCCUAGUUGCAAUAGAACUAGCAGGUCAGGGGCUGCAGGACUUCUCAGUUGUGAAAUAAUAAUUAAGAAGAAAGAAAAGCAUACUUGGCAGUUCUGCUCUGUUUGCUUCAAGCAUCUUAAUUUUUAUAAUUUCUUUUUCCACUUCUUGAUUUUAUGUAUAUUUGUGUAAUUGAUCUUUCUAGAGCUGUAUCUUCAAAACGAUUUCUUUGGUGUAAAUAUGCAGUAGCAUUUUAGGUUUCCACAUAUUUUAUUUUAAUGGGAAAUGCUUUGUGUUCUAAGCCAUGGGUCAUUCAGAAUAAGUAAACAAAUGUUGCUCAUUUGUAUUCCAGUUCUGAUUCUCUUAGUUCUCCUUCGAUAUUUAUUAGUAAUCCUUUCUCACUGGUCAUGAAAUUUUAUGAAGCUUGUAUUGGGAACACUGAUCUGGGAGGUCAGCAAAGUGUUCCUCUUAUUUUGUGACUGGCAGCGUAUGACAGAGGGGAGGGAAAAUGGUGCUUCAGCAAAACUCAGCAUUUCUGCUCUUCUGGGCUAAUUAAUUCAGUUGUUUCCAGUCUGGGCAAUGGUUUUGCUAAUUUUACAUGAUUUUAAUAGAUAUAUGAAGGAGCCCUUGGUUAUGUAGUUCUCAAGUAUUGUUCCCAAAGUGCAUUUGCUAGUUUUUAUUGUGUGUUCGGUGGCUAACUGUUUGAAGUAUUACCUCUUAACCUUAUUUGUCAAUUUUUUUUUUGUGUUUUUGCAUUUUGUUUUAUAUAUAUAAAUAUAUAUAUAUUCAAUUUUCCAAGAUGGACUCGGUCUUUUUCAGAUGUCCCCUUUUUACAAGUACUUUUUCAUUAAAUUAUGAAACUGCUAACAGUA